AGGCGCCCGGGUCCGGUCGGCGGCGCUGCCGCCGAUUUUAAGUAGCAUCUUUCGGAUUUGUUCCCGCGGUAUCAGUCCAGACCUCAGCGCUGCCUAGGCUCUCGCAGCCUCUCCCUAGGUCUCCUCCAAACGACCACCUCACGGAUUCCUUAUGGAUCGCAGCUCCAAGAGGAGGCAGGUGAAGCCUUUGGCAGCUUCUCUGCUAGAAGCUCUCGAUUAUGAUAGUUCAGAUGACAGUGAUUUUAAAGUUGGAGAUGCCUCAGAUUCUGAAGGGAGUGGUAAUGGAAGUGAAGAUCCUUCAAAGGACAGUGGAGAAGGUUCCUGUAGUGAUUCUGAAGAAAAUAUUUUAGAAGAAGAACUGAAUGAAGAUAUUAAAGUAAAAGAGGAACAACUUAAAAAUUCUGCAGAGGAAGAAAUACUGUCAUCAGAAAAACAGUUAAUUAAAAUGGAAAAGAAGGAGGAAGAAGAAAAUGGAGAAAGACCUAGAAAGAAAAAGGAGAAAGAGAAGGAAAAGGAAAAAGAGAAGGAGAAAGAAAAGGAGAAAGAGAAGGAGAGAGAGGAUAAAGAAAAAGCAACAGUAUCUGAUAAUGUGGCUGCUUCUGCUGCUGCCACCACACCAGCCACAAGUCCUGCUGUUAACACAUCUCCUUCAGUCCCCACUGCAGCAGCCACUACAGAGGAGCAAGUCAGUGAGCCAAAAAAGUGGAACCUUCGUCGAAAUCGACCACUUUUGGAUUUUGUUUCCAUGGAAGAGCUGAAUGAUAUGGAUGACUAUGACAGCGAAGAUGACAAUGAUUGGCGACCUACUGUAGUAAAGAGAAAGGGGAGAUCUGCAUCUCAGAAAGAAGGAAGUGAUGGAGACAAUGAAGAUGAUGAAGAUGAGGGAAGUGGGAGUGACGAGGAUGAGAAUGAUGAAGGCAAUGAUGAAGAUCAUAGCAGCCCUGCCAGUGAAGGGGGUUGCAAGAAGAAGAAGAGUAAAGUUCUUAGCAGAAACAGUGCUGAUGAUGAGGAACUGACCAAUGAUAGCCUGACACUAUCUCAAAGCAAGAGUAAUGAGGACUCGCUGAUUCUUGAGAAGAGUCAAAACUGGAGUUCUCAAAAAAUGGACCACAUUCUGAUUUGCUGUGUUUGUCUUGGAGAUAAUAGCGAGGAUGCUGAUGAAAUAAUUCAGUGUGACAAUUGUGGCAUUACAGUCCAUGAAGGUUGCUAUGGAGUUGAUGGAGAGAGUGACUCUAUUAUGAGUUCAGCUUCUGAAAACUCCACGGAACCUUGGUUUUGUGAUGCCUGUAAAUGUGGUGUUUCCCCUAGCUGUGAACUGUGUCCGAAUCAGGAUGGAAUUUUCAAGGAGACAGAUGCUGGAAGAUGGGUUCACAUUGUAUGUGCCCUAUAUGUUCCUGGAGUAGCCUUUGGAGAUAUUGACAAAUUACGACCAGUAACACUAACAGAAAUGAACUAUUCCAAAUAUGGUGCCAAGGAGUGUAGCUUCUGUGAAGACCCUCGUUUUGCUAGAACUGGAGUUUGUAUUAGCUGCGAUGCAGGGAUGUGCAGAGCCUAUUUCCAUGUGACCUGUGCCCAGAAGGAAGGUCUGCUUUCAGAGGCAGCAGCAGAAGAGGAUAUAGCAGAUCCAUUUUUUGCUUAUUGUAAGCAGCAUGCAGAUAGGUUAGACAGAAAAUGGAAGAGAAAAAACUAUUUGGCUCUACAAUCCUAUUGUAAAAUGUCUUUGCAAGAGAGGGAGAAGCAACUGUCACCAGAAGCACAGGCAAGAAUCAAUGCCCGGCUUCAGCAGUAUCGUGCCAAAGCAGAACUAGCUCGAUCUACCAGACCUCAGGCCUGGGUUCCAAGGGAAAAAUUGCCCAGACCACUCACUAGCAGUGCUUCAGCCAUUCGUAAGCUGAUGCGGAAAGCAGAGCUAAUGGGGAUCAGUACUGAUAUCUUUCCAGUGGACAAUUCAGAUACUAGUUCUAGUGUGGACGGAAGGAGAAAGCAUAAGCAACCUGCUCUCACUGCUGAUUUUGUGAAUUAUUACUUUGAGAGAAAUAUGCGCAUGAUUCAAAUUCAGGAAAAUAUGGCUGAACAAAAGAAUAUAAAGGAUAAAUUAGAGAAUGAACAGGAAAAACUUCAUGUGGAAUAUAAUAAGCUAUGUGAAUCUUUGGAAGAACUGCAGAAUCUGAAUGGAAAACUUCGAAGCGAAGGGCAAGGAAUAUGGGCCUUACUAGGCAGAAUCACAGGGCAGAAGUUGAACAUACCGGCAAUUUUGCGAGCACCCAAGGAGAGAAAGCCAAGUAAAAAAGAAGGAGGCGCACAAAAGACAUCUAUCCUUCCUGCAGUACUUUAUAGUUGUGGAAUUUGUAAGAAGAACCACGAUCAGCAUCUUCUUUUAUUGUGUGAUACCUGUAAACUUCAUUACCACCUUGGAUGUCUGGACCCUCCUCUUACGAGGAUGCCAAGAAAGACCAAGAACAGUUACUGGCAGUGUUCAGAAUGUGACCAGGCAGGGAGCAGUGACAUGGAAGCAGACAUGGCCAUGGAAACCUUACCAGAUGGCACCAAACGAUCAAGGAGGCAGAUUAAGGAACCAGUGAAAUUUGUUCCACAGGAUAUGCCUCCAGAACCCAAGAAGAUUCCAAUAAGAAACACGAGAACCAGAGGACGAAAGCGAAGCUUCAUUCCUGAAGAAGAAAAACAUGAGGAAAGAAUUCCUAGAGAGAGAAGACAGAGGCAGUCUGUGUUACAAAAGAAGCCUAAGGCUGAAGAUUUACGAACUGAAUGUGCAACUUGCAAGGGAACUGGAGACAAUGAAAAUCUUGUCAGAUACCCUUCAUGAGACCCAACUCUGCCACAGCUCAUCCUCGGAGGCAAUCCUGGAAACCUCUUUUAUAAGUGUGAUUUUAAAAAUGUGGAUAACACUCUCAAUAGAGUACAUAAAGUAAAGGAGAACAGCUAUCUUGUCCUUCCCAUAAGCUUAUCACUGCAAAAAGUUGCCUUUGCUUGUCAGGUUUGGAUAGAAUGUAAUUGAUUGGUUUGUUGCUUGGACUGACAAGGCAGUUAAUUUGCCUGUGUGGAUUUUUUUCUAUAUUUUUCUUCUUCUUUUUUUUUUUUCCUUGCACUAAUCAGAAACAUUUGAUAUGUGCAUUGUUGAAUAAUAGUAGAUAAUGUCUUGUCAGAAUUGUCCUAUUAAGUAAUGUCUUUCCCUCUUGCUUCUUUGGCAAAUGAUGAUAUGCAGUGUUUGGACUUACUGAAGAGUUUUGGAAGCCUGUGGGACUUAAAUGCAAUGUGCUACUCAUUGUUGUUGAACAAUACCAGUAACAAACAAGAAAGACAAUGCAUUCCACUAGUCUGCUAUUCUAUUUCAUCCAAUUUAAAACAUAUAUUCAUAUGUGAAAUAUUACAUUGGGAAACAACUAUUGACUCUUAUUUAAUGGUUAUUCCUAUUUAUAAUAUUCAGCAAAAGUGAAAAACUUGUGAAGCCUAUGCCAUUCUAGUUUUGGCUCAUUAGUCCUAGUGUGAAAGCACUAAUAUUAUUAGCAUGAAACUUUUACAACUUCAAAUUUUAAGCUCAUUAGUAAAAUAUAUCUGUGUUGAUCUCUA